UGAGUGGAAGUUUAGUUAUCAGGGGACGUGUGGAGGGUGCAGGUGUGUGAAGCGUGUUGUGUGGCUUGGCUUCAGCGUGUGUGUGUCUCUGUGUGUUAGUGGACGGAGCUCACUCAGGCACUCAUAGGAUCGCAUAGGGAAUGGCCAAGCUACAAAUGAAGCCCAUGCUGCUGGGCGUUGCGCUGCUAGCUGUAGCAUGUAUGAGCAUCGUCGCACUGAUUCUCUCUCUGGCUAAUUAUCAGAGAGUGGAGGUGCCGUACUCAACACAGUAUGGCAUAGUGUUUGAUGCCGGUUCCACACACACCGCCCUCUUCCUCUACCAGUGGCCCGGGAACAAGGAAAACAACACUGGAGUCGUUUCUCAGAACCUGAUGUGCGAUGUGAAAGGUGAUGGUAUAUCCAGUUAUGUCACAAAUCCUGCUGGUGCUGGGGAGAGCCUAAGAGAAUGUUUAGAUGUUGCUUUGGCUGCAGUUCCAAAGAAGAAGCAGAAAACAACACCUGUUUACCUGGGAGCCACAGCAGGCAUGCGGCUCCUGAGUUUACAAAAUCAAACUCAGGCAAACAUAAUAAUUGCUGAAGUGUCCAAAUUUAUCCAGAGUUACCCCUUUGAUUUUCGUGGAGCCACCAUAAUUAGUGGUACAGAGGAAGGGGCUUAUGGCUGGAUCACCAUCAACUAUCUUUUGGAAGACUUCAUUAAGUACACAUUUGAUGGCAAAUGGAGUCACCCUAAAGCUGGGAGGAUUCUGGGAGCUAUGGAUUUGGGUGGUUCGUCCACACAGAUUUCCUUCACACCUAAGGAUGCAGUUAAAGACCCAACAUCAGCUUUUAAUCUCCAGCUCUAUGGCCAAAAGUACCAGCUGUACACACACAGUUACCUGUGCUUUGGCAAAGAUCAGGCUCUGAGGAAGCUCCAGGCGUAUCUGCAGAAGACGGCUAACCUGUCUACUGUCAACCAUCCCUGUUAUCACACCGGUUACAAUCUGACGAUAACUCUGGGUAACCUGUAUGACUCUCCAUGUGUGGAGAAGCCAGUACCGUUUAAUCCAUCAGCAAAGGUUACUUUUGUUGGAACUGGUGAUUCUGCAUUGUGUUUGUCAUCAUUCAGGAAUGUGGUGAACCUGAGUGACUGUGCACUUUCCCCAGACUGUGGAUUUAAUGGGGUCUACCAGCCUCCUGUCAAUGGAGACUUCUAUGCUUUCUCAGCAUACUUCUACACCUUUGACUUCCUUGGUCUUGCUCCGAGGACUCCGCUGCCUCAGGUUCUUUCCACAAUCGACAAUUUUUGCAACACAAAUUGGACCACUCUUCUGUCAACAUACCCAAAUGUAAAGGAAAAGUAUCUCCGGGAUUACUGCGCUUCAGCCCAAUACAUCAUGACAAUCCUUGUUCAAGGAUACAAAUUCAAUGCAACAUGGGAUCAAAUCUACUUUGUGAAACAGGUGUCUGACACUGACAUUGGCUGGACUCUGGGCUACAUGCUGAAUUUAACCAAUCUGAUUCCUGCUGAACGCCCUCUGGCGGUAACAGGGGUAGAGAACAAACAGUGGGCAGCUGAGGUCUUCUUCAUAGUCUUUGGUCUGUUUCUCAGCCUCAUUAUUCUGAUCGCCCUCUGUGUCUGGAGUCCAAACUCACAGACUCAUAUUGUGUGAUGAUGUGCACUGAUGUAAAGUACGGUAUGAAAGUCUUAUGUUAUUAGUUAUUGAAGAAAAUGAGACAUUUAGCUAUUCAACAACGAGGUAAGCAUUUAUUUGUUAAAAAAAAAACAUUUCAUUGAAAAAAAAAACAGCAAAAUUACAAUAAAUACAA